UCGGGGUGCAGCGCCCUGCGACGCCGCCCGUCCUUUGUCUCCCACGGUGACGGGGGGACAGAGGCGGCCGCGCUCUGCUAUUUACAAGUUUCCCGAACUCCCCGCCCUGGCUCCACCCCCGGCGGCCCGGGAGGCGGGGAGGCUGGGCUCCCGGACUCGGGGUUCCCGCCUGGCACAGCAGCCGCCGCCGGCGUGCGGGCGGGGGUGGGACGAGUGCCCAGGUGCAGGCGCUCCCCCGCGGGCACGGAUUGCACCGCGGCCUCCCGGGUGGGCCUGGCGCGCCGCCGCCGGGGGUCCCCAGGGCGCGCCGCCCUGCGUCUCGGCGCCCCGGAGGGCUGGGCUGGCCCGGUGGCGCUGCGGGACAUUAGGAUUAAGGCCUGCCCUAAUGACCUGACCUUAACCUGAUUACAUCUGUGAAGACCCUGUUUCCAAUAAAGUCACAUUGUGCUCAGAUUCCCUUAUACUGGAGUCUCUUAAAUGAGGAUUGCCCUUCAUGGAAACAGAAAGGAGUAGCAUGUUUAGUGCUUUUUGAAAAUAUACCCCACACACGGAACAACAAAUCGUUUCAACUUCAAAGCAUCUUAGACUAAGAAACGUUCAACUGUGCUGAAGAACUUAGGAGACAGUUUUUCCUUCCCUCUCAUUUGAAAGGACUUAAAGAGGAAAUAAAAUGGCAGAAGUUUAAAGUUAAUAUUCAGGAUGAAUGAUGGUAAUUCAGAUGACAAGACAGGAGAUGAACUGCAAUCCUCAUCUAUCAGUGAUAAAAACGGAAACACAUACUCAUACAACCCCAAAUCACCACCUACACAAAACUCUUCAGCCAAUACUGUGAAUUGGAAUUCUGCCAGCUCGGAUGACAUGGUGGUUGAUUGUGAAACCAACUCUGCUGUGGACAUUGGUGAAUCUGUUUCUUUAAACCCUCGGUGUGUUGAAGUACUUGAUCACCAAAAGUCUUCAAGUGGUUUCGUUAGUAAGGAGAUGUUAGAUAUGCACAAAGAUUCCACACGGCCGUCUUCUGCACGGGUUGUAGAUGGAGAGGAGCCCAAGUACCCACAUAACAAUUGUCAUUCUCUGGAGUCAUUUCAGGCCCAGAGUAUUGAGACAGCUCUGCCUUUUGUGUGGAGAUCUAAUGAUGAUGAUUUGAACUGUACAGACUACCCUUCUGCCUUGGAGCUAAACCAAACGUUUGACAUGAAAGUGGAUAACAUUAACUGCACCUUUAUCACACAUCAUGCCAUUGGAAACAGUCAGUCUUUGCAUACCACUGGAAGUCUGCAACCAACCUGCGUGAGAAGUGGAAAUACAUCUUUACCCUGUUGCGUUCAUGCAUCUUCCCAUUCUGAUAAGAUACACGUGAGAGGAACAAGUUGUGCUAGAGACAGCUUUGAAAACCCUCAGGCCACAAUAUCAGAGGCCCAAGACAUAGCUUACACAGCCUUUUCUGAUGUGGUGAUGCAAACUGAUGUUCCAGAUAGUGGAAAUUGGUGUCAGUAUUCUUUGGGCAAGGUCACCAGUGAGUACACAGAUGGAUCACAGCAAAGACUAGUUGGAGAAAAAGAGAUACAAGCCCUAACACCAGUUUCUGAUGACAUGGAUGUUCCCAAUGGGUCUGUAUUACAAGAGUUCUUUUGUUUAUCUAAAGAUGAACCAAAUAGUGAGACACAUUCACAGAGCUCAUAUGGGCAAAAGGAAAUGAGCCAAAAUCUAAGAGAAACAGUGUCCAAUUGUCUUAUAGAUGAUGAAUGCCCUUUAUUGGUGCCAGCUUUUGAUACAAGCAAAGCCCAAGUGCUGAACCCAGAACAUAAAGUCACUGUGGCUAAAGACACACAAAUUGCUUCCAGCGAAAAGGAUUUGGGAACUCAAAAUCGUACCAUAGAUUUGAUACUGAGUAGCCCACCAGGGCAAAAAGGGGCUUCAUCAUUUGAACUGACUUGGGAUGCAAAUGAUAUGGUCGUUAGCACAAAUAACACAAUUUGCAUGUCAACACCAGUCCUAGAACCCACAAAUGCAACCUUUUCUAUUUCCCCCAUUGAAGCAACAGAGAAAUGUAGUAAAGUUGAGAGGAGUAAUCGAGAGCUUAGAAAUUUACCAAACUUGAAGGGGGCACCUGUGAACAAGUCUAAAGCUAAUCUAGGAAAAUCAACAGCCAAAACGAAUACCCCUGUAGGCAGCAAAGUUAGAAAAACCGAAAUUAUAAGUUACCCAAGACCAAACUUCAAGAAUGUCAAAGCAAAAGUUAUGUCUAGACCAGCGUUGCAGUCCAAAGACCCUGCUUUAUCAAAGGUCACACCCAGAUCUCAGUCAACCGGUGCCUCGUCACCCUCAUCGGUGUCUUCCUCAAGACAGUUGACAGUUUUGAGCAAAACACCAAGAUCUGACCUGAAUGCGGACACAAAAGCAGAAAUCUUAAUUAACAAGACGCAUAAGCAGCAAUUUAAUAAACUCAUUACUAGCCAGACUGUGCAUGUUACAACUCAUUCUAAAAAUGCUUCACACAAGGUUCCAAGAACAACAUCUGCCGUGAAAUCGAAUCAGGAAGAUGUUGACAAAGCGAGUUCUUCUAAUUCAGCCUGUGAGACUGGGUCCGUGGUUGCAUUUUUCCAGAAGAUCAAAGGUGUACUCCCGGUUAAAAUGGAAAGCACAGAAUGUUUGGAAAUGACAUGUGCUUCCAAUAUCGAUCGGAUUAGCCCUGCAAAGAAGGGUGAAAAAGAAAAUGGGACACCUGUGGAAAAACAAGAGCUGAAAAAGGAAAUUAUGAAUGAGACCUUUGACUAUGGUUCUCUGUUUUUGGGUUCUGCUUCAAAAACUGCAACCACCUCAAGUAGGAAUAUAUCCAAGUCUGACUCCUCCAGUCUGAGGAAAACGCCUGGUCCGAAAGCCAAAGUGGGGCCUUCUGUUUCCUGUUUGAGGCGAAACAGUGACAGUAGAAAUCUUAAUUCUGAUCGAGGCUUAACUCCUCAGAGGAUCAGGCGUGUGUCCACUUCCGGGAAACCUACAUCCUUGAAAACUGCACAGCCGUCUUGGGUGAAUUUGCCUAGACCGCUUCCUAGAUCCAAAGCGUCGUUGAAAAGUUCUGCCCUGCGCAGAACGGGCAGCACCUCCUCCCUGGCCAGCACCCACAGCGAUCUGAGCACUCACAGCAAUAAUCCUGGUAAUGCCACCGUCAUCAAGUAUGAGGAAAACCCUCCAAAACCAGCAUUUCAAAAUGGUUCCUCAGGAUCCUUGUAUCUGAAGCCUCUGGUGCCCAGAACACAUGCACACUUACUCAAAACUCCUCCAAAAGGUCCUUCAAGAAAAAGUCUUUUUACAGCUUUUAAUGCAGGGGCAGUAUUCAGGACAACGGGAAUAAGGAGCUCCUUGCUCCUCAGGAAAAUGACAUGGCAGACAGUUAAAUCUGGAAAGCGUUAUGGAGCAGUUGAAAAGGGCAGGCAGAAGAGUCCCAGAAGUUUAUGUAUCCAGACACAGACGUCUCCAGAUGCACUGUCCUCUGAAAAAACGCUUGAGCUGGCUCGGUAUAAAACAAAAUGCGAAAACCAAAGUGGAUUUAUCCUGCGGCUCAAGCAGCUGCUUUCCUGCGGUAAUACCAAGUUGGAGGCAUUAACCGUCGUGAUUCAGCACCUACUGUCUGAGCGGGAGGAAGCACUGAAACAGCACAAAACCCUGUCUCAAGAACUUGUUAACCUCCGGGGAGAGCUAGUCACUGCUUCAACCACCUGUGAGAAAUUAGAAAAAGCCAGGAACGAGUUGCAAAUAGCUUAUGAAGGAUUUGUCCAGAAGCUAAACCAGCAGCACCAGACUGAUCUCACAGAGCUGGAGAACCGGCUGAAAGAAUUUUACACCGGGGAGUGUGAAAAGCUUCAGAACAUUUACAUUGAGGAAGCAGAGAAGUACCAAAGCCAGCUGCAAGAGCAGUUUGACAACUUAAAUGCUGCCCACGAAACCUCCAAGUUAGAAAUUGAAGCUAGCCACUCGGAGAAAGUAGAAUUACUGAAGAAGGCCUAUGAGACUUCCCUUUCAGAAAUCAAGAAAAGCCAUGAAAUGGAAAAGAAAUCACUUGAGGAUUUGCUUUAUGAAAAGCAAGAAUCAUUAGAAAAACAAAUCAAUGAUCUGAAGAGUGAAAAUGAUGCUUUAAAUGAAAAGUUGAAAUCAGAAGAAGAAAAAAGAAUAUCAAGAGAGAAAGCCAGUUUAAAAAACCCUCAGAUCAUGUACCUGGAGCAAGAGCUGGAAAGCCUGAAAGCUGUGUUAGAGAUCAAGAAUGAGAAACUGCAUCAACAGGACGUCAAGUUAAUGAAAAUGGAGAAACUGGUGGACAACAACACAGCCCUGCUUGACAAACUGAAGCGAUUCCAGCAGGAGAAUGAGGAAUUAAAAGCUCGGAUGGACAAGCACAUGGCAAUUUCAAGGCAACUAUCCACUGAGCAGGCCGUCUUGCAGGAGUCGCUGGAGAAGGAGUCGAAAGUCAACAAGCGACUCUCCAUGGAGAACGAGGAGCUGCUGUGGAAGCUGCACAACGGGGACCUGUGCAGCCCCAAGAGGUCCCCCACGUCCUCCGCCAUCCCUUUCCAGUCACCCAGGAGUUCUGGCUCCUUCUCCAGCCCCAGCGUCUCACCCAGAUGACGCUGUCGGAAAGCCGGGACACUGUCUGGAAGCAUUUCUGCAGGUCUGCAGGUCUGCAGGGCUGACCCAACCAUGACCUUGGGAGCAAGAGCUACAUUAGCUGCCGUGUAAUCACCGCCCUAGAACUAGAAAGUCGCCACCCCCAGAAUGGGCUCCUCAUGAGACUGGAACUCUGGAGGACGACGUGACUUGGUCCAAGAGACUCCUCCCCAGAAGAUCUCGGAAUUGGUCUACACGGACGCCGUUGCACAAAGCACUUAGAGAACGAGAACCUUGUUCAUUGCCUUUUUCACCUAAGCAUAAGGGGAAAAACUCUCAGGGGCCUAUUAAGAUAAAGAUUUAUAACCUUUAUAAUGUCCUUCACCACAGACACCUUCUUGUGACUUUUAUUUUGGUCUGACUGGGGAUGUGUGAAUGAGAUGGAUGUAACAGAGUGUCAUGUGUUUGAUGCUGCCUCCUUUGCUGUGUAUUCAGAGUCAAAAGCUGAACAUAUCUGGAUAUGUACCAAUCAAACCAUAGUUGGUGUAUGCAUUUCUGCAAAAGCCAUAGAAGAGCGAGCAAUACUUGCUGGAAUUCUGGGUCUCUACCACCACCUCCGCUCAGCCCUUUGAUAUGGGGGGAGAGGGAAUGGCAGGAAAAGCUUUGAGAUGUCCAUGUCUGUACAUCCUCAGAAUCCUUUUGGAGUAUCUUGGUGGCAGUCUUUCAGUGUUCAGCCAUGUCAGUUGAAACUGGCUAGGAUUUUUUCUGUAGAUUUUUAACUUACCCAUGUGAACCUAACAUUACACUAUGAUCUGUUUUCUCAGGCUGUGAGCAAAUGUAGAACUGUAAUUUUUCUAGAAAUCUGUAUAAAGAAAAAGGGCAGUACCAAUGGAUUACUUCUGCCUUAUGUUUACCUUGAUCUAGGCUAUCCUCACAGAUUUAAACUGUCAUCUUUCCCGUUAUCUCGUCUCUUCCUUUUCCUUCCGCCCCCAUCCAGAGCCACGAAAGCAAACCUUCUACCUCCUACCUACUUUUCUCUGGGACAAGGAAAAAGGAACAUGCUUUUCCAGAGCCAGCUCAUCUUCAAGGUACUGAAACCACCUACCAAGUAAACCAAGGCCUGGAUCUGAUAUUACAAAUUUUGGGAAACCCUAGAGAGAAUAAAGAAUGGGAGAGAGUCAGUGGCUAACAAAACUAAGAUAGGAUUCAGUGCUUAUUAAAGAAUAGGAGCACCUUGAUUAAACCAUAGAUGCAGUAUUUAAUAGAACAAAACAGUCCGGUCAGAUAAUGCUAAGUUUCCACAUACCCUUUGAGGAGUCUUUCUGUCCUGGGAAGGUGGCAAAAUGGCCAACAAGUGGAAGAUGUGGCUUGUACAACUCUCCUCCAAGUUGCAUUUCGAUUUCUUUUCAAAGCUUAUUACCUCCCCCAGUUCUGAUACUUUGCGGGGAGGUGGAAGGAAGAGCUGUGGCUUUUUCUCCCUCUGCUUGCAUAUGCCAGCAUCGCAGUGUCAGUAUUUACUAACCUGCGUUGCUGACGUUCGACGGCUGUACAGAUAACCCCUAUGGUAAGAACAGAUUCAGGACACUAGAGGUGGAUAUUUGAGUCAUCACUUACAUGUAUACUUCAUAGCAAAUUGAUAUUCAUGACGCAUGUUUUUUUCAAAUUAGUGAUUGUGUCUGCAGUCUUUUACCUCCAAUAGUUUAUUAUGUAUGUAACCUUCCAUGUUUGCUUCUGAUAAAUGGGAACAUAAGUUCACUGCCCCUUCCUGGAAUCUCUCUCUGCUCACCCUUCUAAGUUCUCCAUGUUAUUAGCCAAAGUUAGGUUUGCCAUCCAUCCCCUACGCAUGGUAUAUCUUGUGCUGUUCCCUGCUGUCCUCCGUACCAUUUAGGUGUCUGGGGAAAUCAGUCUGACACAAUUAAUAGAAAAUGUCUUCAGAGAGUGGGAGACAACAGGAGAGAAAAUAGGAAACAAAACUUUAAGAUGUUUUUCAAACCAAAUGUUUUAUGUAUGAUGCAAAAUGUUGGCACGUCAUAAAAAUAUGGAUGUGUAAACAACUGUAGUUGUGCUCAGUUUGUAGUGAUGGAAAGUGUAUUUUACUCUGAUCAAAUAAAUAAUGCUGGAAUAUUCAAUAUAA